AUGGCGGCCCACUCAGCACGUACGUACGCAUUGGAAGCAACAGAUGGUGACAUCGAGCAUAUGUCUGAUUGGGGUAUGAGUUCUGAUGAAGAUGUAUUGUGGCAGCUGGAGGAGGACAUAAUCACGUGGCUGGAGUAUUGUGAAAUUGCUGAGCACAUUGUGCGCGAUUACUUGGCACCAAAUAUCGCUCAUAGUGCAAACAUAGAUGUGUACGAGCAGGUCGGCAUGUUCUUGUAUAUACUGGCGCAUGGGAAAGGAUAUCGGCAGGUGCAAACUCUAUUCGGGCAUUCGUUGCAGACCAUAUGUCAUUAUUUUAAAAAGGUUUUUUGGGCAUGCCUUGCGUUCAACGUGAACAUGGUAAAACCAGAUCCGAGGUACAACAAAAGCACAUGUCACCAUCAUCCGAAUUCGGAGUGCUAUCCACUAUUUCAGGAUUGUAUAGGUGCAAUCGACGGUACACAUGUGAGAGCUGGAACACGCGUGAUAGUCGAAUCUUGUCCCGAGCUGUGCAUAGUCAGGAUGUCAAUUUUCCGGUUCCGGCGAACGAAAAAUAUUACCUUUGUGGACUUAGGGUUCGCACACAGGCCGGGGUAUAUGGCUCCCUAUAAGGGUUCUGACAUUCGAUACCAUUUUCAACAAUUUCGUGAUGUGGGAGAUGGGCGACGGCGCCGUUUUCAAAAUGCACGUGAACGAUUUAAUUUUCACCACUCCUCCUGUCGAAACGUGAUCGAACGUGCAUUUGGUGUUUGGAAACAAAGGUGGAAGAUUUUUGAUUGGAUGCCUGGGUACAGUAUGCGUACGCAAACUGCUGUGGUUGUGGCCAUGAUGGGAAUACACAAUUUUCUUCGUAGGAACGAGCGUAUGGACGAGGGGUUUCGUAGAGCAGAAGAAGUGGAGGACGAAGAAGUUGAAAUAGAGCUACCAGACGAAGAAGAUGAAAUCGCCGUCGAGCGAGAUGCAAUAGCCAAGGACAAUGUGUUGUGGUACGCACUACGCGAUUAUAUGGCACAUGCACUACGUUAG